UAAAUUUCUUAUUAAAUUAUUGUGUUUAUUAAAACAUUUUGCUAUUAAUUUCAGUUACGAAGGAUUAUAUGUCAUAAAAUGCAACCGACAUCUUCGAAAAUUUCAUUAUGAAUCAAUGGGACCAACUAAAAAUUAGUUAAUUUCAUUGUAAUAAUUGUUUGUAUCUGUAAGUUGUAAAAUGAACACAUUAUGUCUUAUUUGAGCUCUUCCGAAAAUGUGGGUUUUAGCGGUAUUCCCCAAAGUAUAUCCGAGACUAGUUGCGCCACACAGUAUAAAAUGGCAGUGGAUAGUGUUCCUGGAGCAUGUAAAAGUGACAUGAAUAUAUUCAUUCAUGAUAGCUCAGGAGAUGAACAAACUUAUUUGCCCCACUUUAGUGACAAUUUCUUUCACACUAAAUUUAAAAUUGACUCAAAUGAUUUAUAUACCUUCAAUGACUCUGACGUAGUGGCCGGUGAAAUUACUGUGGGCCAUACAGAAGAGAACUUUGUCUUCCCAGAUAAUGUCGAUGUGAAGACAAAAUAUUUAGAGAGUCCAAAUAAGGAAAUUGAUUUGCUGCAAUGUAUCUCUAAUGGUGAUGUCAAAGAUGAUAAAAUUAAUUUGAAGAAUGGGCACUAUUCACCAUUGCAAUUAAAUCAGUCUUCAAUUAACGAAACAAAGAAAUCUAAUGUCAAGAUCCAAAAAAUUAAGGUGCAAAAUCAUGUAAAUGCAGAUUUAUUAAGAUCAAUUAAAGGUCCCGAUGUCUCUCGCAGUGGACUGCACAGCCCAAAGAGUCAAACCAUACUGCCACCUUCUAGCGAAGCGGGCGUAAACAAUGGCUUAAUAAAUAAUGACAAAAAUGUUUCUUCAAAACUGAAUCAGGAAACUUUCUUGGAUGUAUUUAAGCGAGAACAAGGUUUAUGCGAAUUGGCUUCCCCAAGUGUUGAAAUAAAAACUGAACCACAAACCAUAACACCUGUAAAGGCUGGAGCAAAAAAGCAAGCAGUGAAAUCAUCACAACCAAAAUCCAAACGUGGUAGAGGGCCGACUGUGCACGAGUCCUUGCAGCGGAUACCAUCACAGCGUAGAGCGCUGGCCGUACCCAAUCACAUAUGGCAUGCUCCUGGUGAAGAUUUAUUCAAUUGUGGGCCCCUUGAUGAUAAAAAACCCAAUGCAUUUAGACAGUUGGAAAGUAGCAGCAGUGAUGAUGAUAAUAUGCCAGAGUUUGAAUCAGGCUUUGGUGCGAUGUGUGUUGAGGAGAGUGCGGCGGAGUCCCGCGGGGCGAGGCUGGAGCUACGCAGGGCUGCGAUGAGGAGGCACGUGGCGAGAAUAGCGACCUCACUCAACUUAACAAAGGGCCACAAAGUGCAGCACACCCUUGCCACUUUAAUCAAGAAACAAAUUAACACCCAUAAUGCGUCUGGCCGGCUCUCGACAACAACUACUAACCAUUUGCUGGCCAUGAGAGGAAUGACGUCAUUACUGAGCGUAAAGGAGAGGAGAAAGCUAAGGGAGAGCGGUUGGUCGGGCGGCGAGAGCGGUCGGUCGAAGGAGACGGCUGACAUAUGCGCGGAGGAGCGCUGCCUAAAGCCACCCGUGCCUUGCGGGCGACACUGCCUGUCGCACGUCACGCACGCACCAGAACAGCGACUGUACGCAGCGUGCGCCGCGGUGUUCGCCGGCGGAGACCGCUGUAAGCAGCCGCUGCUGCCGCUGCAAGAUCAGACGCCGUUGUGUGCUGAACAUGCCUGGAAACGAGACAACUACGAGAUGCUAGCCCGCGAGAGCAAGCCGGCGAAGUGUGUGCGUAAGCGCACGUGGACGGGGGAGUCGCGGCCGCGCCCACGCCGCCCCAAGCGCCGCCGCCGCCUCGUGCCGCGCCGCGCGUCGCCGCCCCGUGCACGCCUGCCUCCACCGCCGACGCACGAACACUCGCUAGCUGAGAUAAACGUGUGUUCGAACUCUUCAACAUACGACAGUUCGGAAGACACGGCGGUCGGAGCGCUUAGCGAGAGCGAAUACAUGUCAGCAAAUAAUUCACACGAAUUAGAAGUUGGUCAGGUGCCGCCAGAUGACAUUUUGGAUCCGUCUGUUCUUGGUCAAAUGCCGGACGAAGCCUUCACUGAGUUUUUCAACACAGCGGAGGGCGGGUCGUCGUUCGCGGAAAGCUCGGAGCUGGCGGCGGCGCUGGAGGCGGUGCUCGACGAGCGCGUGCUGGACGAGCGCGCGCUCGACAUUGCCGACGUCUUCGUCGCGCAACACGCGCAGCAGAAGAACAAGAUACAGGUCCUGGCUCCCGUAGAGAUGUCGUCCAGCGCGCCGUCAUAACAGAGUAACAAUCGUGUAUCAAUUUGAAAACAAACCUUAUUUACUACUACUCUUAGGAACAAAUUUGAUUGUAGUCUCAAAAUUGUUAGUUUCAGGCUUUUAGUUAGUGUGUGUAUGUUUGGAAAUUUAAUCAAAUUGAUCGAGAUGUAAGCGUUGAAAGUUGUUAUGGUAGGAAAUGAGUGGGGACCGAUGAGUUAGAUAAAUUGUCUUUGCAACUUUAUGUAGAUAUUUUAGUUGGCGUGUACACGUGAUUUGUGGCGUGCAUGAACGUACGGUUUGCGUGCACGCGCAACAAUCACUACUAUCCUGUAGACAAUUACUUGAGAAAAUGGAAAUGGAACUGUUCUAAAGAACACAAAAUUUGUAAUCCACCAUAAUUUCCAUAGUUUUCAUAUUCAAUUCGAAACGGUUUGUUAUAGGAUGACGCAAAAGUCCAUAAAAGGAGUUUUCUAUUUCUUUAUUUUAUAUUAGAAAACCUUA